AUGCCGUGCAAUAACUUAGCAGGGGCAAGAGUAGCAGCAGUAACAAUAGUAGCAGUAGCAGUCAUAGCAACAGUAGCAGCCAUAGCGACAGUAGCAGUUGGAGCAGCAGGAGCACUAGUAGCCAUAGCAACAGUAGCAGCCACAGCAACAGUUGCAGUCGUAGCAGCAGUAACAGUCGUAGCAACAGUAGCAGUCGUAGCAACAGCAACAGUUGUAGCAGCAGCAGCAGUCGUAGCAGAAGUAGCAGUCGUUAGAGCAGUAGCAGCAGGGGCAGAUGUAGCAGCAGUAGUAACAGAAGCAGUCGUUGCAUCAGUAGCAGUCGUGGCAACAGUAGCAGUCGUAGCAACAGUAGCAGACGUAGCAACAGUAGCCGUCGUAGCAGCAGUAGCAGACGUAGCAACAGUAGCCGUCGUAGCAGCAGUAGCAGACGUAGCAACAGUAGCAGACGUAGCAACAGUAGCCGUCGUAGCAACGGUAGCAGACGUAGCGACAGUAGCAGACGUAGCAACAGUAGCCGUCGUAACAACAGUAGCCGUCGUAGAAGCAGUAGCAGACGUAGCAACAGUAGCAGACGUAGCAACAGUAGCCGUCGUAGCAACACUACGAGACGUAGCAACAGUAGCAGACGUAGCAACAGUAGCAGACGUAGCAGCAGUUACAGUCGUAGCAACAACAACAGUUGUAGCAGCAGCAGCAGUAGCAGUCGUAGCAGAAGUAGCAGUCGUCAGAGCAGUAGCAGCAGGGGCAGAUGUAGCAGCAGUAGCAACAGAAGCAGUCGUUGCAUCAGUAGCAGUCGUGGCAACAGUAGCAGACGUAGCAACAGUAGCAGACGUAGCAACAGUAGCCGUCGUAGAAGCAGUAGCAGACGUAGCAACAGUAGUAGACGUAGCAACAGUAGCCGUCGUAGCAACAGUAGCAGACGUAACAACAGUAGCAGACGUAACAACAGUAGCAGACGUAGCAACAGUAGUAGACGUAGCAACAGUAGCCGUCGUAGCAACAGUAGCAGACGUAACAACAGUAGCAGACGUAACAACAGUAGCAGACGUAGCAACAGUAGCCGUCGUAGCAACAGUAGCAGACGUAACAACAGUAGCAGCUGUAGCAACAGUAGCAGCAGUAGCAGCAGUAUCAGUAGCUGGAGGACGCACUAGGAUCCCGCCAGGUUACUUAUAUCGUCAGCAUUCCCCCUUCAUUGUGUUUGACACAUUGGAAACACCGUCACGAGAUGGCGGACAUGUUGCCGUCAGCUUCCGUUAG